AUGUUUUCCAGCAACAUUAGCGCUCGACUAUCCUUCCUGCAUUUCAAAGCUCCUCACCUUGCAGAGUACAUCCGUAGACUCUGUGUCUGGUGGAAUCGCCCCGCUUCGGAGUGCCAGUGGCUCGCAGAGUGUCUGUACAGGAUGAAGAGCUUUCGUGAACUGAUCCUGUUGUCGAUUUUGGUGGGCCUGCCCACGGAACGACGAAUACUCGCCGCGCGGGCCAUGCCCAUCUUUGACGCCUCUCGCCUUCGCAAACUAGCUUUACACGACUGGGACUUUGCAGAGGACGCAUAUGAUCUCCUCGGCAUGCUCUCUCCGACCCUUGAGGAGCUAGUGCUCGAGAACAUCCGUACAGAAAAUAUCGAGAUGGAAAAUAUCGAGAUGGAAACGCCCCCGACCACGCACUUCGAAGGCUACGCCGAGAAUAUCAUCGAGUGCCGCCGUCUUCAAUACUUGGAGCUCCAAUGGCUCCGCGACACCCAUUCUUGGAAUAUGCCACCUUGGAUUCCUGUCAGUUCAUCAGAAUUUGCGCUCAUCAUGAAGAUCACUCUGUUUGGUAGUUACGGACGGUUCCCUGGUCUCUUUACUUGGAUCAAGGAUUGUAUCGACCGCCUCCCGUUUCCCAACCUCAUUAAGGUGUUCAGCAUCUGCAUCCAAAAGUCCUUUAGCACCCGCACGGGCGUCGACGGCUUUCUUCCGGAAACAUCGGACUACGAAAUGCUGUCUCGAUUCCUUCAACCCCUCUGGAAAGAUGGCGUCUUGGAGAACUUCGCGUUGACCAUCAUAAUUGAUGGCGAUCACGAUGUGGCUCCCGACUCGGCGCGAGAGUCGGUGAAAUUGGAUACUGCUUUCGCUGGACUGUUGCCAGCAAAUGUAUCCGACGUGCGGUUCAUCGUGAGGCCCGAGGGAUGGAGGGUAAUGCAUUGUGCAACCAAUAGUCUGAGCAGCCCAAAAAUCAGCGCCCGCUUUUGGGGCGAACAGGGGCACCGGGAUCCACCAACACUCCCCGUCGAGAUCAUAUCCGAGAUCAUAGCCAUCGUUGCGUCGGAGGACUCCAAGGAGCCGCUCCCCGUUGUGUACAAGUCGGAUGUCGAAAAAGAGGCCUUUAGAACCCUCGCGGCUGCCUCUCUGGUGUCUCAUUCCUGGAACGCCAUCAGCAGACGACACAUAUUCCACUCAGUCUUCAUCCCUUUCAACAACACUAGCGCUCGGCUCUCCUUCCUGCAUUUCCAAGCCCCGCACCUCGCAGAGUACAUCCAUAGACUCUGUGUCUGGUGGGAUGAUGGCACUCCCCCCGUUUCUGAAUGGCUCACAGAGUGUUUCUGCAGGCUGAAGAACUUUCGUGAGCUGAUCCUUACGUCGUCUUUGUCGGGCCUACUCACGGAACGACGGAUAUCCGCCGUGGGGGUCAUGCCAGUAUUGGCCGCCUCUCGCCUUCGCACGUUGACUUUACGCCACUGGGGCUUUGCAGAGGACGCAUAUGAUCUCCUCGGCAUGCUCCCUCCGACCCUCGAGGAGCUAGUGCUCGAGGACAUCCAUACAGAAACCAUCGAGAUAGAAGCGCCGCCCCCGACCACCCACUUAGCAGAUCUCCGAAGGCUAGUUUUAAUCGAUACAGCCCAUCCGAUGCUCAGCGCCGAGAACAUCAUUGAAUGUCCCCAUCUCAAACAGUUGGAGCUUUAUUGGCUCUACAAUGUCGUCGAUUCUUGGGGUGGCGCCGGGUGUCUCCUCCCCAACUUUGGCAAGACUAUACGGCCAUCUGUAGUGACAAUCACUUUAUGGAGUAAUGGGCAUUCAUUUCGUGACCUCUUUACUUGGAUCAAGGACUGUAUCGACCGCCUCCCAUUUCCCAACCUCAUUCAAGUCCUCAAAAUCCACAUUCAGAAGUUCUCCGACGUCCGCGCGGGAGGCGACCCUCUCCCACAAAUACUGGACUACGAGAUGCUGUCCCAAGCCCUCCAACCCCUCUGCAAAAAUGGCGCCUUAACGUCCAUCACGUUAGAUAUCUCCACGGAUGGCAAUCACGAUGUGGGUACUUACUCAGCACGAGAGUCGGCGAAAGUGAAGGCUGGGCUUGCAGGGCUAUUGCCAGCAAAUAUAUCCGACCCACGGUUCAUCAUGGACCGCACUCAGUUUAGUACUUGGACGCAUAGGGAUGGUGGAUUCGACAUGCGUUGCAUCAUACAGAUAUUGUAA